UUUGAACAUGCCUGAAUAAUUUGUUCAAAUGAGUGGUCGUGCUGGUCGACGAGGCAUUGAUGAACGUGGAAUAUGUAUCCUCAUGGUUGAUGAGAAGAUGGAGCCUUCUACUGCUAAAAAUAUGGUUAAAGGGGUAGCUGAUAGUCUAAACAGUGGUUUCCGUGAAAGUCUGGACCAACUAAUACAGUCAUAUGUGGAAAGGCAAGGUCGUGCACCAAUUGACUGGGAUUUGCAUCAAAAGUUACCAACACCAACUCCUGCAUCGAAACUUGAUUGGAUUGAAUUUGAGCCAGAAUAUUUGGUGGAGUUUGAUAAUCCAGAUAUUGAUGAGAAGGAACCAAUUCCACUACGGGAUGCACUUGAGAAGGCGAAACCAUUCUUGAUGUCAUAUGAGGGGAUUCAAAGUCAGGAAGUGUGGGAGAAAACAAUGGAAGAGACAAUGGCGCGAGUUCCAUUGUUGAAAAAGAUUGUUGAUCACUACAGUGGACCUGAUAGGGUAACUACAAAGAAGCGACAAGAAGAAUUAGACAGAGUUGCUAAAACUCUUCCUGAAAGUGCACCAUCUUCAGUAGAACAAUUUACUAAUCGUUCUGUUAUUUCUCUUCAGGUUUGGAACUGUAAAUAUUGAUAUUGUGUUGGGCAUAAAAUGUCUUUUACUUGGGCAGUUGUUUCCCUCUUGUGUUGAUAAUCUUUUUAUAAGUAUCUCUGCCAAUGAUGUUCUAUUGCUUGCUCAUGCAGUUCAGUGUUAAAUGUAUCCUCUUGUGUUGAUAAUCUUAUUUUGUCCUUUUUCUUA